AUGCUUCAUGCUGAAAGUAGAGUAAGGCUCCUGGAGUGUGAGGAUGAAAUCACAAUUGAACCAUGUUCUAAAAAAAUGAAGUCAACAGAAGGGGCAUACGAGAAACUCUCUGAUGGUGAUAACCAAGGUAUUUGGGAAGAAGUGGAUGCUGAGAGAACAUCAAAUGAUUUGAUACUAGCAUAUGCCUCAGAUAACCAAGGGCAACAUGAAAUGCAGAAGCAAGAGAAGAUACCAACUGGUGUCUUGGACACACUGAAUGAAGCACUCCCUGAAAAUAAUGUAGUGCUUAGUCAGCCAGUUGAUUCAGAAACUGUGCAGAACAUAAAUCUUCCAUUUGCAUCAAUAAAUGACACUAAAAUUGAAGAAAAGAAGGGCCCUUUCAUUACAAAUAAUGCUGGUGAAGAUAUUAAAAAUAGUUGUAUGUCAUUUUCACUAAACAGAAAUGCAUCAAAUGAAGAAUUUUUUACAAGCAAAGAAUUUAUUGGACCGAUUUACAAGCCUGCCAAAAGUAACAAACAGGACAAAUCUGGCAGUUGCAAUGAAUGUAGAAGCAGUGAGGGAGAUCAGAAUGAAUUGCAUGAAAACAAAGCUAAAAUAAAGGAGGCAAAGCAGUUGCAGACUAUUUCUUCUGCUGUACCAGAAAUAGAUGAUGAACUAGACCAGUUCUAUAAAGAAAUUCACCAGCUGGAAAAUGAAAAUUUAGAUGCUAAUUUUCAGGAAAAAGAAACUGGAACUUCUCAGGAACAGUACUCUCCAUACAACUGUAGUCAAACCUCACAAGAGGAUUAUCAACGCCUAUUGUUGGGCAGCCCGCAACCAUUUUAUGAGAAUGGACAGUGUUUCUUUGGGGAACAAAGCAAUGAGCAGCAAUUUCUCGUGGAAAAAAGUGGUUGGAAAAAUGAAAAUACCUUUAAUGGACAAGUAGAUUCUAAAUAUUGGAACUGCUCAGUGCCUGAAUUCAGACCUGCUUGGCAGUCAACAGAGUCUUUCCUAGUACCUCAGGGACCUCUUCCUCAUAGAUUCAACCAUCAGUUGCACUUUCAGAUACUUAAUUCCCCACCACAAAAACCAAAUGCUCUCCUUUCUCAGAACAGUGAACUUUCUUACAAAAAUCAUCAUGGUUACCAUGGAAAUACUGAUAUCAACAGUCAUGGUCCAUUGCUUGAUCAGAGUACCAGCUAUGCUGGUCAUACUGAUAUCCGUACUACUCAGGUCUUCAGAAAUGGAAAUAAUGACCAGAACGGACUCCAAAAUAAUGGUUUCUGUGAAACUAGAGAGGAGUGUUGGAAAGAUCCAAAAGCUGACAGUACAGAAGGAAUGCACAACUUCUCGUCCUUGCAGUUACCUGAAGAAGGAUUCGGUUGUUCACAGAAGUUGCUCCUAAUCUUAAGAGGCCUACCUGGUUCAGGGAAGACAACACUUUCUCGUGUUCUGCUUGGUCAAAGUCGUGAUGGCAUUGUAUUCAGCACCGAUGAUUAUUUUCGUCAACAAGAUGGAUAUACAUAUAAUGCUGCUCAGCUUGGUGAUGCCCAUGACUGGAACCAGAAGAGAGCAAAGCAAGCAAUGGAUCAGGGAAAAUCUCCAGUUAUAAUAGACAACACUAAUACUCAAGCCUGGGAAAUGAAGCCAUAUGUAGAAGUGGCUCUAGAGAAGGGAUACAGAGUGGAGUUCCAUGAGCCAGAUACUUGGUGGAAGUUUGAUCCUGAAGAAUUAGAAAAGUAA